CAUUUCACAUGACAUAGUGGGAAGAAAGCUGAGAUGGAGGUCGAGGACACGUCAUCGUCGGCCAGAGUCUCCAUAGGGUUUCCUCUGGGUUUGGCCCUUCUCUUUGCCUUGUUCUUCUUCAUUUGCUGCUUCUUCUGCUGCUUCUUGCACUGGGAUAAGAUUCUAGCUCUGCUUCGAUCUCAUGGCCUAGUCCACACCACCGAUCCUCACUCGCACUCACAAUCUCCAGAUUCACCUUCCUCUCACCCCCAGAAACCUGCUCUCUUUCCUGUGGCGAUGAAGCAGAACGAGGUUCAGAGCUUGCCUGUGCUGAUGCCAGGAGAUGAGGUUCCCAAGUUCAUAGCUAUGGCGUGUCCUUGUAAUCAUCUGAAAGACGGAAAGAUUACAAUUCGAGUUCAGAAAGAUGAUCCUAGUGAUCUUUGCAGUGACACUUGAAUGAAGACUCGGGAUUUUCUUGACGACAAUAUAGGCUAUAGCUCAGGGGAAGUUCAAAGAUUAAGCCCGUCAAAUUAGCCACUGGGAUGUUUUCCCGACAGAUCGCUGGAUCUGAUGGAUCAAAGUGACCGAGGCACAAGGUUAAGAAUAAAGAUCAGAAGUAGAAAGGAGGAAAAAAAAUUGUACUGUGACGGAUGAAGCAAUAUGAUGUUGCCCAAAGUCUACCUGGACAUUUCAGGCAUUUGAAAUUUCUUUUCCUUUUCCUACUUUACAACACUUGUAAACAAUUUUUGCCGUUUGUUACGUAGUUCUGACUUGAUUC